GGAGAGAGUGCGGGCUGAUCACAGGCUGUGAACAAGAGGCAGCGAGUGGGAAUGGGAGAGAGGCAGAGGAGCCACAACAUCUGAAAGUUUUAAACCAAUGAUCGCGGUAGGUGAUGCGAAGCAAGACUGGGGGUUCCUCCAACAUGUGGCAGCAAAACAAAUUCCACAUCAUGGACUACUUCAGACAGAGACAGAUUUAGGUUUUACCGCUGAGGGAGGGCAUUCUCUGUUACGCUCUUAUUUGGGGAGGGUGGAAAUAUAAAGAUGAGAUAGGGGACAUUAAAAAAUAUAUUAAGGGUGUGUAAAGAUUGAAAUGCAUCGGGCGUUGAGCUGCACUGUUCUCCCAGCACAAAAUAUUGCUUUAUGAAAGUUAAGACGGAACGGCUCGGAAAUAUAUUCAAGGAGUUAAAACGACAAGGAAUUUAAACGUACAACAGAUGUUACCUUCAAAAACAGUGGCAGCAGUGGAUGACAAGAGCAUCAACUGCCUGGGAGAGUGAGGACUCCUGCUAACAUCUCACUGUGGAAGUACUAAUCGAGUUGGGAUUAUUACCAGUAUUGGAGUUCAUAGUGUACCUUUUUUUUUUUUUGUACCCUUCAAGUGGUGGAUCUUCUCCUGAUUUUGAGCUUCUGGUUUGUACAGUGCACAAGGGAUGAAGCAUCCUGUGCAUUGACCCUGAGCUAUCCCGCCCUACCCUGUUUCCUUGCCUGUAGGACGCAGUGAUCAUGCUGACCGAGUGUCCAACGCCAGAAGGAUCAGAGCCCCGACCCACGCUAAGGCCUGCUGUAACCUCUGCAGCACCAUGUCUCAAGCAGUCGCGGCUGCACUCGAGGCUCACAGCUCGCAGUCAGGAGAAGUGCCUGGGAUUCAGCUGAGAUGGGCUGCCCUGCUUAUAGUCAUGGUCAUCAUCCCCACUAUUGGAGGAAACAUCCUGGUCAUUCUAGCUGUGUCACUUGAAAGAAAGCUGCAGAACGCCACCAACUACUUCCUGAUGUCGCUUGCUGUGGCUGAUCUGCUGGUGGGACUCCUAGUGAUGCCCAUUGCCCUCGUCACUGUUCUCUACAACUCUGACUGGCCUCUUCCGGAGCCCCUCUGCCCCAUUUGGCUGUUCCUCGAUGUGCUGUUUUCUACUGCAUCCAUCAUGCACCUCUGCGCCAUUUCACUGGAUCGCUACAUUGCCAUCAAGAAGCCAAUCCAACACAGCCAGUACAAAUCCAGAUCCAAAGCCAUGGUGAAGAUUGCACUGGUGUGGCUCAUAUCCAUUUGUAUCGCAAUCCCGAUUCCGAUUAAGGGGCUUAAGAACAACCAUCUUCCCAACAACGUCACCUUCAACAGUAACCACACGUGUAUGCUGAAAACAGACACCUUCCGGGAGUUUAUCAUGUUUGGCUCCUUGGCGGCAUUCUUCAUCCCUCUGACCAUCAUGAUGGUCAUCUACCUGCUUACUGUCCAGGUGUUGCGCAAAAAGGUUUAUUUGCUCAGGUCAAAGGUGACUCAGCGCUUUAGCUACCCGACAGUCUCCACAGUUUUUCAAAGAGAACAGGCUGCGACUCCGACUCGAGCCAAGCAACUUAACAUGCUGGACGGGAGAAUCCCAAGGAUGCAAGAAAAAACAUAUGCGGGCACAACAAACUCUCCUACAGGAGAUGAAAUGUCCUUUCGGAGAAUGUCAACAAUGGGCAAGAAGUCAAUGCAGACUCUGAGCAAUGAGCAGCGCGCCUCAAAGGUGCUAGGCAUCGUCUUCCUCCUGUUCGUAGUCAUGUGGUGCCCUUUCUUCAUCACUAAUAUCACCUCUGUGCUAUGUACCAGCUGUGAUGUUCAUGUAAUCGCCCGCCUCAUGGAGAUCUUUGUUUGGGUGGGUUAUGUGUCAUCGGGAAUCAACCCGCUGGUCUACACCCUAUUCAACAAAACUUUCAGGCAAGCGUUCGCACGUUACAUGACCUGCAAUUACAAAAACCCUGCCAGUCAUGGGCCUGGAAUGCACCCAAGCGCAUCAAAUGCAGAUCGGACCCUUACACGGAUUUCAUUCAGAUCCUCCAUGGCAGAAAACUCUAAACUGUUAAUGAAGCGGGGAAUGAAGAACGGCAUUGGAGCAGUUAGCUACCAAAGUCCACUGAGGUGCCGACAAGCACCUGUACAGUCAGCCAAUGGUGUUGUGUUAGAUACAAUGCUUCUGACUGAAAACGAAGGCGGUAAGCAGGAGGAACAUGUUAGCUGUGUAUAGAGAUACCAGACAAAUGAAUCCAAUUCAAAAAGAGAGCACUUGAAAUGGAUCAGAUUUAUGGGGCAAACUUUUUAUCUCUUUAAAGAUAAAGGCCCCACAACAAAAAUACUAAAUACAUGAUUCUGAAUCUGCAGUUGCUCUCAAUUUGAUUGACAAAUAAUUUAACGCCAGUGCUUACUGUACACUAAAGAAAAAAUCCAACCUGUUGCUGUCUGCUGAUGUUUGUUUACAUCAGCAAUGUUUUUAAAAACAAAUAAGGCAAUAUUUUCAAUUAUGAUCAUUUUGGAAACACAUUUUCAUCCACAAGUCAAACUCCUCUGUUAUAUAUGUGAAUAUAUAUGGUCAAAAUAUUUCUCACUGGGGCUUUAAGAGAGACCAAAAUAAUGUGAAUUCUCAAAGACAGCAAGACAGUUCAUAGCGUACCAGAAGAGAGUUUGAGUUUUCAAACGUUAUAAAAUGUAUAAUACCUUGAGAUGACCUGUAACAGGUCAACUAAACAGAAGAGAAUACGGGAGGGUGUGAGGAUGUCCUCUAUGAAAGGUCAAAAGUCGACAAUUCAGGCCACCAGACAAAAAUGUGAGGAGUGAAGACAUUAUGGUAACCUGGAAACUCUCUGUGAAUGCAGUAUACAAAUAUAUUCCUAUGCUGAUCCUUUCAACUUGGGCUAUCUGACUACUCUGUAAACCAUCUCAGACCACUGCUUAUAUAUUUUGUUAAGACAAACUCUACCUUUCAAAUCUUUUCUGCAACAGACACAUGAAAUACAUUGCACUCUUGAAAUGAUACUAAUUGUAUUUGCUGGACCUUUGAGAAGCACUCUUGUAUGUGUAUUGCAGCUAGAAGGUUUCCAAAUAAAAGACUGUAUAUAAUAAAGAACAAAAUUCUGAUUAAAAUUGAGACCUAAAUGUGUUCAAUCAAAUAUUUUCUGUGUUAAUGAACUGAAAGAAAACUGCACUAAUCUUGAGCAUCCAUGCUCUUUCACUGUCAGCUGCUUUAUUUCUUCAGUAAGUAAAAAUGUCUUUUUCAUGAACCAAAGCACAACAGGACAACCAAAUAAACAGUGUAAACUAGACAGUCUCAAAACAUCAGCAAAUAUUGGAAUACCAACAAGUAAGAAAACUGUGGGAACGUCUACUCAGCACUAUAUUUUACCAUCCCUUUAUGCUCAACAA